AUGUCCGUGAAAGAGUCAAAGACAGAGCUCUUCACCGUGGCUGGGACUGACACUGUCGAGUCAGGGCCAGGUUCAGAGGUUUUCAACUCCAGAAAGAUAGUUACCACCUUUGAGAGAUAUAUCCAACCGUGCUUGGCUGAGGUGGUGGGAUGCGCCCUUUUCAUCUUCGUGGGAUGCGGGUCUGUUAUUGAGAAUGCCGGCGUUCCGGGGAGCCUCCAGCCUGCUCUGGCUCAUGGGCUGGCGCUGGGGAUUGUUAUCGCUGUGCUGGGAGAGAUCAGUGGUGGCCACUUCAACCCAGCUGUGUCUGUGAGUGUGUGCAUCAGUGGAGGACUGGACGUAAUCCUACUGGGGCCGUAUAUACUCUCCCAGAUGGUGGGGGGAAUGAUUGGGGCUGGCUUGGCAAAGGCAGCAUCCUCCAUCAUCAGCUAUGCCAGUGCAGCAGGGGGAGUGUUCAACGUGGUUAAAACCAGCGGAGCGAUCGGCAGUGCCACCGUAGCAGAGAUAGUCAUGACCCUCUUCCUGUCCCUAGUGGUCUGUAUGGGGGCUGUGAACGGCAGGACCCGUACCCCACUGGCCCCACUCUGCAUCGGGCUCACUGUGACUGCUAACAUACUGGCUGGAGGGUCAGCAUCUGGAGGGUGUAUGAACCCAGCGCGGGCGUUUGGCCCUGCAGUGGUAGCUAACUACUGGGAGUACCACUGGAUCUACUGGGUGGGACCGAUGGCAGGGGCCCUUAUCACUGGAAGCUUGGUCAGAUUGUUGUUGGGAGACCAGAAAACUCGUCUUGUUCUGAAGUAA